CUGGUUUUCCUGGAAAAGUCAACACGAUACCAGGAAGUAGUUCAGUGUCCAGGCAGACACUUUGAAGGUGAAUCACUCGAAACGUAAACAGAAAGUACACGCAGUGAGCUGGUUUUCCUGGAAACAUCAACACGAUACCAGGAAGUAGUUCAGUGUCCAGGCAGACAUUUUGAAGGUGAAUCACUCGAAAUAAAAAUGGCAACCAAAGAAUCCGAAUCUGAAGUCCAAUCGGGAUAUGUUGACAACUGGCAGAAAGGAAAGUCAGUCAUAGAGAGUCUCGGAUAUUCACUAGAGGAAAAUAUCUUGUGCGACGUCACCUUCAUAGUGGGAGAAAACCGGAAGCGGAUACAGGCUCACAGGUUGAUACUCAGUCUGCGUAGCUGUGUCUUCCUGGCGAUGCUGACCGGACCUCUGGCGGAGCAGGAUGAAAUUGAAAUCCCGGAUAUCGAUUCUGAUGUUUUUGAUCAAUUUUUAAGGUUCCUGUACACAGACGUCAUAUCCAUUGAUGGCAGAAAUGUGAUAGGUUUGCUGUAUGCUUCUAAAAAGUACGACAUUGCUGAUAUGGGAAAGAAAUGCCUCCAAUAUAUUGAGUCGUCUAUGUCGUCACUAGACGUCUGUUUUGUGAUGGAACACACACACGUGUACAAUGAACAAGACUUGAUGCAUAAAGCCCUGGCAUAUAUUUGGCAAAAUGGCGACGCAAUUUUAAAAUCUGACAGUUUCUGUGAUAUCUGUCACGACUGUUUUGCGAAGGUUAUAGAGGCAGAUCAGCUAAAAGCCAGCGAGGAGUCUGUUUUUGAAGCUUCCAUCGCCUGGAGCGAGGCAGAGUGCAGACGACAAGGAAGGGAGGUAACUCCAGAAAACAGACGCAGCGUUAUUGGUGAUAGUGCGCAUCUGAUUCGGUGUUCUAAAAUCAACCCAACUUAUUUUGUGCAGAAUGUAUCGCUGUCAAGUUUGUUGACGGAAGCUGAAGAAAUUAAGAUCUUAAGAUCUUUCAUUAAUCGAAGCCAAGAUGUUUCACCAUUUAAAUCAAAUGACAGACUCGGUAUACACAAAACACAAGUUGCAGUUAACAGAUUUGAUAACAUAUCCUAUGUACGACAAACGUGUUACAGUGUGAAACAAGAGUAUAAUCUAUACCAUAUGAAACAACAUUGUCGGUAUCCCUGUACCUUUUACGAAGGAAUAACGUUUGGUUUGAACGCCAGCGCAGAACUACAAGGGUUUCAGUUUUAUGGAUACUUACAGUCUUCGGAUCCUUCUUCUGUGACCUAUUCCGUCACGGCUUCUGUAUGUGAUGCUUCAACGGAUGACGUAAUACCUGGUUCAGAAAUAAACAAAGAAAUUUCGUCCAGUAAUGUCUUCUACGAUGUAGACUUCCCCAGUCCCAUCCAGCUUGCUCGGGACAGAAAAUACAAUUUAACUGUGACAAUUACAAUGCCGCAACAAUUGAUAGGGUGUGAAGUGGUAAACUGUUUACAGGGUGCAGAAGGAAAAUCAGUUGUAAGCCACGGAUGGUUUACGUGUUCGUUCUAUGACUAUAAGAAAUGCAAACAUCUUAAAGGAGACAAUCACACUAGUGUUCUAACUGGGCAGAUACCGGGUUUAAAAUUCCUGCUGUAAUAAUCCAGGUCAACAGAGUUCAAGAAACAAUUUGGUUCAGCCGUAUCAGACACAUUAUGGAUCGUUAAUAUCAGACAUAACCUGGUUUCUCAGUAUCAGACACACUAUGGAUCCUUAAUAUCAGACAUAACCUGGUUUCUCAGUAUCAGACACACUAUGGAUCCUUAAUAUCAGACAUAACCUGGUUUCUCAGUAUCAGCCACACUAUGGAUCCUUAAUAUCAGACAUAACCUAGUGUCUCAGUAUCAGACACACUAUGGAUCCUUAAUACCAGAUAUAACCUGGUUUCUCAGUAUCAGACACGCUAUGGCUCCUUAAUAUCAGACAUAACCUAGUUUCUCUAUAUCAGACGCACUAUGGAUCCUUAAUAUCAGAUCUCUCGGUAUCAAAGACAAUAUUGUUCCGAAUAUCGGACACAAACUGAUUUAUCAAUAUCAGAAGCAAUGUGGUUUCUCAGUAUCAGACACAGUCUGCUUCCUCGAUAUAACUAGCAAUCUGGUUUCUCAGUAUCAGAGACAAUAUUGUUCCUGAAUAUCAGACACAAACUGGUUCCUCAAUAUCAGAAACAAUAUGGUUCCUCGGUAACACAGACAAUCUUGAUUCCUGCGAUAUUAGACGCUAUUUGGUUUCUCAAUAUUGAAGAAAAGUUUGUAAACGCUGGAACUGUCAUACCGAUGCUUACUACAUGUGUAGUUCUGUCUCUAGAUCUUCGUGUCCUGCUUAACGAUUACUAGUAACCAUGCAGGUGAAAAUGCUUACUUUAGCUUUUAUAGCAGUUUGCCUUUCAUUCCACAUAAGUAUGACGUAUAGAGUUUCACUGUAAUUAUUACAAAAAAAAGAAAUUCUUUGAAUUUAAAUUGAAGCGUACUGUAGAAAGACGUUAUGAGAUUGGGUGUUGGCUUAAAACAUAAUGAUGAUAUUUUUAUGACAUCUGACAUUAAUCAGUUUCAAUACUCUAUAUAGAGAGUAAAAUACCAAUUCCUGGGUUCACUUCACAUCUAAGUAAACUAGAUACCAGCGCUGACUUUAACAUGCUCUCCUAUGGGUUUGGUCUACGGUAUAUAUUAGACAUUUGACAUAUUUUUAAAGCUAUUUUGUUUAUUACAUUUGUAGGGCGUAUGCAUAUGACUUUACUUUAAAAUGUUUUUUUUUUAUUAAUGAUUUAUCAAUAUUUAAGUAGAUGUGCACAAUAUAGUUUUUAUAUGCUUGUGAUUUUCAACCAAAUUAUUAUCGAUAAACUCGACCAGGAACGUUUCAGAACAAACCCUGAGCUCAGUUUUCGAGUUCAAUAAUAAAUUGUAGUUGACCAAAAAAACACACAAAAAAAACAACAACAACCCACCACCAACAAACAAACAAACAAAAAAUCAAUAAGGGCGAGACGUAGCCCAGUUGUAAAGCGUUCGUUUGAUGUGCACUCGUUUUAAGAUUUCUUCCCAUCGGUGGGCCCAUUGGGCUAUUUCUCGUUCCAUCCAGUGCACAACAACUGGUAUAUUAAAGGCCGUGGUAUCUGUUGUCAUGUUUGUGGGGUAGCGCAUAUAAAGGAUCCCUUGCUUUAAAUGGGAAAAUGUAGCGGGUUUCCUCUCUAAGACUAUGUGUGUCAGAUUUACAAAUUAUUUGACAUCCUGUAGCUGAUGAUUCUUAAUCAAGUACUCUAUUGGUGUCGUUAAACAAAACAAACCUUUUUAUAUUAUACAUUUACCAUAUUAAGACUAUUAUGCAUGUUGUUUAUUACAUUUGUAGAGCUUGUUUGUACGACUUUAGCUUCAAUCGCUUCUAUUAAUGAUUUAUUUAUCAAUAUAUGAGUCGAUUUGCAGAAUAUUGUUUCCAUAUUAAAAUAUGGAGUUAAACACAGUGUGCUUGUGAUUCCCAACCAAAUUAUUAUUAGCAUUACUAUCGAUAAACUCGAUUAGGAACGUUUGAGUAUAAACCCUGAUUUCAAUUUUCGAUUUUGAUGAUAAAGUGUAGUUGACAAAAAACAAUAUGUCUAUAAUACAAUAGGGGCGGAACGUAUCCCAGUAGUUAAAGCGCUCGCUUGAUGCGCGGUUUGUCUGGGAUUGAUCCCCGUCGGUGGCCCAUUAGGCUAUCUCUCGCUCCACAGCUGGCCGUGGUAUGUGCUAUCCUGUCUGAGGGUUGGUGCA